UCCAUCUUCUGUGGAAAGGAAAAAAAGUCGAGCUCGAGUGAAAGUGGAUGGUAGCCGUCGCGCAUUCCGUUCGUUUAAUCCCCGAGUGCAUUCGUGAUUAAUUAAAGAGCGGAGUGAAAAGCGAUCUCGCGCGCGCUCGAAGAAUCGUGAAGAAUGCCUUCGAGUUGAUACCUGUUGUGUACGCGUUGUGUGAACACAUAUACGCGCGUGCAUAUAUAUAUAUAUAUCUCCGUGCGUGUGUGUGUGUGUGUGUGUCGAUCUACCGGUGCAAAAAACCGAUUCGUGAUCUGCUAAUCUAGUCACAUUGACUUUAAGAUUACCUCUCUGAUGAAACUAGCGACCCGAGGAAACGAGGACAGAGAGACGUUUCGUGCGUACGAAAAUUUGUUUAUCGUUCGCGAUCUAAGAAGAAAUAAAAAACACGAUAUUACGAUAAUAUUAUCUCGCCAACGAUAAGGCUAGCGCGAGCGGUGCGUAGAGAAAUCUGGAAUCUGGCUCUAAAGAGAUUUUCAAUAAACGUUUCGAUCACGGUCGACCGUCUAAUUGGAGCCAGUCCAAUGUCUCUUUUCGAUCGAUUCGAAACGGAAAUCGGUUUAGAAGGAGAUUAAAGGGGAAAAAAGAAAAACGAACGGAGUGGAGGCAAAAGUGGAACAUCUAGAUUUUGCGCGGAACGUUUAUUACUCGUCGAUCCCGAGUAAUGUUCAGGAUCGAACGACGUCGAUUUAACGAUCGUUCGAAAGCUAGAAGCGCCACGACGAGGACAGGUUUAUCGGCGAGGAAAAUUUCUGUUUCGAAGUGCGAGUUGUGAUUUCUUGUGUUAUCAUCGGUGGAAAGGUGUCGAUGAUAAUUCCGCGCGAACGAAAAUAUCAUCCGGCCGAGGAAGUGCUUGUUAUGGAUAUCUGCACGGCGAUCGAACGGGAAUACUUUCUCGAGCGGAAUUACGUGGAUGGCAUCCGGGAAAGAGUUUUCGAACCCUUGCAGGAGGUGAAGGGAGGAUGAAGAAUGCCCCGCGUCGGUGGAGACGGGGGUGGCGGAGCGGAGAAGGCAGGAGGAAGUGGAUUCGGAGGAUGGCUUGGGGGUGCAGCAAGAGCCAUGACAGGAGGAAGUGUCGGAGGUGGAUACGUGGUUCUAGGUGGUACCAGAUACGGUCUCAGACUUUCUCAGGAAAGUCUGCCGCCAUCGAACUCGCGGGAAGAAUCGCAGGAGAGGCGUCGAAAGAGGAGUUCCAGGGAGAGCGACUCUCGCGAGAAACUGACCGAUCGGUGUCCAGAGAGCUCUGCGGGUCUCGAGCUGAGCACGAGCAUCGCCGAUUGCUGUUGCAUCGGUCCACGUUCGCGUCUACCGUUGCCGAGGAUCCCGCCGUCGACGACGAUCGCCGCUUCGUCCUCGCCGUGCGUAACAGGCGGAGGUGGUGUAGGUGGAGCUGGAGGUGGCGGUGGAGGAGCUAGCUGUGGACAAUCUCCUUUUCCUGGGCCUCCCACGUCUUCGAACAGCCGUGUUGCCGGCGUGGAACAGCCGGCGACGCUGACGACGCCAACGACGACGUCGGCGCAACCGACGUUGGUGAACUCUAAUAAUAACCGAGGGAUGCUGCAAAUGUCGGUGGGGAACAGCACUGGCCAACAGCACCAUCAGGCACAAUCGUCUGCGGCUCUAACGGCGGCGGUACCGUCGGUAUCCACCUCCACGUCGUUCAACACGUCCACGACGCUGCAGUCCGUCUCGGUACCGCGACAGUUAGCACAGUGGACCAAGCAUCAGACGCUGAAGCUGCAGGAACCAGCAGUGAUAGCAGUGGACCGAUUGCACAGGUUCCGAUGGAGCGGGGGCGGAGGAGGAAGUAGUAAAAAGUCCUCUUCCGGCCCCCGGAGCGAAAAGGCCGAGCGCCUUCGAGAGCUCACCGAGAAACUCAAGGGACCAGCCCCCGUACCACCACCCAGAAGACCUUCGCGGACUCAAGCAUCCUCUCCACCUCCGAGUGGAUACCAAUCACCCUCUCAAAAUUGUCCUCAGACAACGAAUCAAGGAUGCGGUCGCUGCGACGGUCGACCUUCCUGUCGAAGUUACACGUACAGCGAGGGAACCGGGCAUGGUUCAGGGAACCAGCAACACCCUCAGCAAUAUCCACUGCAACACAACCAGCCGAAGACGUUCAACCGGAGUGACAGUGUCGGUGACGAGUGUUUCAGUGAGUCGAGUAACGAUGCAUACAGGAAGACGUGCACCGACUCGAGGAGAUCGCGGUCGCUCAGGCAAUAUGAUAGGAACAGUGGUGACGUAAGUGACAUAAAAAACGAGCUGAACGCCAGUGCAGACACGGCGAAACACCUGAGACAGUACAGUGAUUCGGUGGUGGAUAGUGGUACGUGUGUGGACGAUUUGUGUGAUAAUCUGAACACCGCCUCCGGCCAAGGGAACGAGGGUGAAGCCAGGGAUGCGAUCACCAGAUUGGAGCCCAGAGGACCUCUGCUUACGUUUCAUAGAGCCGGUGCACCGUUCAGGAGUGCCUCCUUUGGCCAGGUGGACUUCAAUCAAGUUAGUCGACAGAAGGCACAGCCAAUAGCCACGUCGAAUCGGGCCGACAGCAAGGAUGUUCGUGCGAGCACGUUGCCGCGAAGACGAGGAGACGUCAGCCCGGUGGUCUCGACACCACAGAACAGUCCCAAUCGUCAAAGUCCAAGAACCUCGACGCCCAGCGUGGACAGUGCUGUCGGUUCGGCGGAAGGGUUGGGCGUACCUCAAACCGGAAACGUCGAGGAAAUCCGACCGAGGAGCGAUGGUUCCGACAGCCUGGCCACUUCCAGCGCUCUCACCAGCCCGGAACCGCCUGUUCCGGAGAUCAACGAGCCGAGAGUCGAUGAUCUGGUGCAGGCUGACGUACCUCCUAUCGAGAUCGUCACGUCUGAACCCGUUUUUCCGCUCGUUGAAAACGCGCCUAUCGAGGAAACCGCGCAGAAAGACAACAGGCUGGAGCCUCACGAGGUGAUAAUAACGCCCCCACCCGAGGAGCCACGGCUGAGUCAAGCAAGCGAGGGUAGCGAGGCGGCGAGCGAGGCACCCUCCGAGACGUCGUCGCCGUCGGGCAAAACGAGAAGGUAUCGAGGGGACACCAGCAAAAGGAGAAAGGGCGUGUACAUAACCCAAUGGCCGGAGUCCUUGGACACCGACAGGAACAAGCUGUCAGCUCAGAGCAGCGAGGAAAGAGACGAGCCACCUGCGACGCCCAGCGACCUCUCUGAUUGCGAAGGCCACACACCUAGAAGGUAUAGCAAGAGGCCUCUCCGCGGCCCUUACGGGCAAAUGCUCGAGGCAGAAAUGGCGAAGCCGCGAACCGCCGACAUCUCUCUCGAGGAAGGUCUUCGUCCACGCAGAAAAGUAUCCGCGAAUCUCUCGUACAACACGAGCUCGAAUAACAGUGGUUCAGAGCCGCCCACGCCCUGCCAUCACAGAACCACUUCCAGCCCGAGCAAACUGGAAGGUCUUCCGGGACCAAGUCCCGAACUCCUCGCGGAACUGCUUCGAGGAUCCUCCGAGAGGGUGGCUCGUGCACCCGCGCAUCGAAACGAUACGAGAACUCACGUGGUCGUGGAACUAUAUGAUACAGAGCGUUCGUACGUGGAAGCACUGCAAAUACUAGUCAAUAAAUACCUUCAACCGUUGAAAAGCUCCGAAAAUGCAGGAUUGGUGGACUCUGCGACGGUGGACGAGAUAUUUUAUCAGAUUCCCGCUAUUCUCAAUCAUCAUGAAGUGUUCCUGGAGGAAUUACGUAAAAGACUGGAUACUUGGGAGCUUAAACAGACGAUUGGUGAUGUUUUCCUCGAUGUGUUCACUAAGCCAGUCGUCCUGGAGACAUAUACCCUUUUCCUUGAUAAUUGGAAGUCCGCGAGGAAGGCGAUAAAAACGACUUGCCAAGCGAAACCGGCUUUCGCGCGAUUCCUCGAGACAAUGGAACGAGAGCACAAAGGGAAACUUGGACUGGAUCAGUUAUUGAUCAAACCGGUGCAGAAGAUACCCCGUUACGAGUUGCUGAUCCAGAGGCUGUUGAAGCACACCGACACCACGCAUCCUGAUUUCGAGUUGCUACAAGCUGCCCAAAAAGAGGUGCACGAGUUGGUCGUAAAGAUCAAUUGCACGGAAAGGGAGUCUCUCGAGUGGGAGCAACAGCAAACUACGUUAAGGGAGGUUCAGGCGCUCGUCGAAGGACUGGCUGGUAUCGUGACGAACGACAGAGCGUUCAUUCGCCAAGAUCUGGUCACGAUCGCGUCGAACCAAGGAACCAGAAAGGAAAGGGCGCUAUUCUUAUUUUCCGAUUUACUCGUUAUCACCAGCAUCAAGAGGAGGAGCGGAACUAUCAGAAAACCAUCGACCUCCUGCCCGAAUAGUUUGGUUGGCCUACUCGAAGCGAACAAGUACAAAAUGCUAAUGAGAAUACCAUUGGACGAUUUAGAAGUUAUGAAAGCCAAAGAUGAAAAUUUGAGGCGGAUGGCCCGCGAAGUGGAUCAUCUGCGCGAAGACUGCGCAACGUUGACCCAACUUCAGGAGUUGGCAUCCACGUUGCACAGUGCGAAGCAACAAUUGGAGGAUCUCAUCAAGGAUAUGCUGGGCCAGGCGCAGCGUCAAUUAGCCGAGAGGAACGCGGCGCAUUCGCAGUUGGCUUGUCUGGAAUUAACGCUUAAUACUCAAGCUGGAAUCGAGAACAUUUCCGUGAUGUUCACGAAACCGGACAAAAGAGCCAGCUGGGAGGAGAGUUUCAACGAGGCUAAACAAAAGUUAGCGUUGUCCGCUGAUAGGAGGCCCUGCCCAGAAUUUGUGGGACCUCUGCCGAUUCGAAAGACUCGGGCUGGCUUGCAGUUCACCUGUGCUGCGCCCACUUUGGCCAAUGGACAAGGCUCGAGAGAUGUUUGGGUGUGCAACAGCGACGGCUACGUGGGCCAAGUGUGCGUGUUGAGUCUGACACCGGAACCGCCGCAGGUGACAUCUUGCAAUGGCGUUUGCAACGCGAGGAUCUUGUGCGUCGCUGGAAUUCCAGCUUGCACCCAAAGAUCGAAUUCGUGCGUGACUAACAACAUUUCAUUCGCGAACAGUAAGAGCGGUAUAAGCAUCUCGGUCCAGGAUGUCGAUGCCAGUGGCGGGAACAUACAGUUAGAUAGUAGCUCGAGCUCCGAUGACUCGGACUCGGACGACAUUCCAUGUGCAGAUACGGGUAGCCUGAGUUUGAGUGGCGACGUUCCCAGUAUCGAUAAUGUUACAACAGAGGAGGAUGUCAAUCAACCAACAAUGUGGCUAGGUACCGAAGAUGGAUGUAUACACGUUUACAAUUGCAAUGACAACAUCAGGAUAAAAAAGAACAAAGUGAAAAUACAGCACAACAGCAGCGUGCAUUGCAUCAUAUAUUUGGACAAUAAAGUGUUCGUUUCACUCGCCAAUGGAGACAUCACCGUCUAUUCUCGAGAUCAUAUGGGUGGUUGGAACACACCUGAUCCAACGUCGGUAUCGGUGGGUACCGUCGCUUCUCCAGUGACUAAAAUGCUUCCUGUAUCCGGUAAACUUUGGUGCGGAUGCCACAAUUCGGUGAAGAUUCUCAACACCCACACGUUGGAUAUAGAGCAUACGUUCGCCGUUAGCAACGACACAUCUUUGUCCGUUUCCUGCAUGGCGAGUUCCGGUGGAUUAGGAGUGUGGAUCUCUUUGCACAAUAGCGCCGUGCUGCGAUUAUUCCAUUCUGGUAGCUACGAAUGCUUGACAGAUAUCAAUAUAGCACCAGCUGUCACCAAAAUGCUUACCAGUUGCGAUGACAUAAUACGACAGCACAAGGCUGCCUGUCUCAGGGUCACCGCACUUUUGGCUUGCAACGAGUUGCUUUGGAUCGGCACGAGCGCCGGUGUACUAUUGACCGUGCCAAUUCCCCAUAUAAAGCCAUCCACUCAGAGGAUGUCUCAACCACCGAUCGUGACUGGUAUUCCUCAUGGACAUACCGGACACGUGCGUUUUCUCACUUGCGUGGAAACGAUAACCCCGCCAAAACCAGACCCGCGUCCAAAGGUGAACAGAUAUUCUCUGAAAUCUAACAAAGCACAACAGAACAACAUCAAUCGUGGAAAACUGUUGGUAAUAUCCGGUGGAGACGGUUACGAGGAUUUCAGAGGUCCACAGGCAUCCGCCGAGCUGCAGGCUGGUCGUGAGGAUUCGACCAAUCAUCUGCUGCUUUGGAAAGUGUGAUCUGACCUGGCACGGCCCUCGGUAAGGGCCGCAUUUUACUCACAUCGGCACGACAUGCCGUGGGAUUCAUUGUUGCGUGUGCAAUUCACACGUAGUCGGGUCCGUCAUUGUCCGAUCGUGACUGUUCAGGACGUGUUCGCCCGACGAUUUUUCAGGGAACGCGGGAAGGUUCUCUGGCUGAUUUUGGCCGAGUGGAUCAAAACCAGGAUAAGGGAGGUCCGUUAUUAUUAAAGUGCCAAGAAGCAAACCUCCGUGGAACCAGAUAUGUUUUGUUUCUGAUCUUUACUGUCUAAUAACGACAAAUGAUCAGACCUUUGCCAUAAUUUAUUCGACUCUUGCUGGAUCGUUCUGCGACAGAACUGAAAAUCGGUUCGCUGAAAUCAAACUCAAAACCAGACGAACAUCUCAAGCCCUCGCUUGCUUAGACUAUCAUCAAAAACUGUGCAAGUCUGAUAUCGCUUAACGUGAUCUGAUCUUUUUGAAUUUCAUAUUUGAUUUCAGAAAAUCGAUUCCAUGCAAAUUUGUACUUUUGCACCAGUUUGAAAUAGAAAAAGUUGGUUUUCUCUCGAUGACGCCGGCAAUUAAUUCGUCGGCUGAUCAUUCAAUGUGUCGAUACACUUCGAUGUUCAAUAAAGGAGAAAAGGGUAUACGGGUGAAUCGUAUGUGAUCGUAUACUCGCGUAUUGAUUCGCUCGCGAGUGUAUAUCCCUAUUGCGUCAAAUGUAUAAUAUUACACGUUGGAAUUAAACAUUGAAACGAAAUGGAUUAUGAUACCUGGAAGAGCGUUGAAUCGAGCUUAUAUUACGUGACUAUUGGCCUAAAAAUACCAUAUAAAACGUUAGAAGGGAGCUAAUCGAGUUAAAAGUGCCAAAACGAAUUUAUCAUUGUCCAUCGAUCGACGCCUCGCGCUCGACAAGUAGUAGACGCGUAAUAACAUAACACGUUUUAUUAAUUAUUCACCGAUCGUA